GUAGCAUUGCCUAGCAUUCCUAGCAAUCCUAGCAUGAGUAUGGGAUAGUAGAGAUUGUUCUAAGUGUCUUUACUGAUCUGUUUUGAAUUAAAUUUUAUCAUUACAAGUGAAUAAAGUAAAUUAUUUCUUUAAUAACUUUUAAAAAUGACGACACUUAGACCUUUCACAUGCAAUGAUUUGUUCAAAUUUAAUAACGUGAAUUUGGAUCCACUCACAGAAACAUACGGACUUUCGUUUUAUAUGCAUUAUCUUUCACAUUGGCCAGAGUAUAUUCAAGUGGCAGAAUCUCCAAGCGGUGAAAUUAUGGGUUACAUCAUGGGGAAGGCUGAAGGUCAUGGAGAAAAUUGGCAUGGUCAUGUAACAGCCCUCACAGUUUCUCCUGAUUACAGAAGAUUGGGUCUUGCUGCAAUGUUGAUGAAAUAUCUUGAGGACGUAUCAGAAAAGAAACAGGCGUAUUUCGUGGAUCUCUUUGUUAGAGUAAGCAACAAGGUGGCUAUUACAAUGUAUCAACAAUUAGGAUACAUUGUGUAUAGGACAGUAUUAGAAUAUUACAAUGGAGACCCAGACGAAGAUGCAUAUGAUAUGAGAAAAGCCUUAUCAAAAGAUGUAAAAAAGAAAUCUAUGAUUCCAUUAACACAUCCUGUGAGACCAGAAGAGGUGGAUUGAAAUGUUUGAAUUUCUUGUAUUGUCAUAAAAACUGAAAAGUAAAUUAUAUACAAAUUAUUUGUACAAAUUAUAAAAUUAACAAAUAUAUAAGAAAUAGAUGUUAAAAAUUUAUUGUUCUUGUUUAUAAUAAUCUCUUGAUGUCAUAAAACUUGUGGAUGUCUUUUUAUAGAUGUCUUCUUUAUUCUAUCUCUUAAAUGAAUAGUUUGACAGUCGCUAUCGACGUCUGUAAAAUUGUAUUAAUGUGCAGUUUAUUUGUUUUUCUGUACAAUAGUACACGUUUUCCACUUGUCUCGCUCAUACCUUUUCCAUAUGAAUAAAUAAUAAAUAUAAAUGUAAGAUGUGAGAUAGGCUCCGUAGAAUCCGAUUCACAUAGAGCUCGAUUGUAUAAAUUGCUAGCUCUCUCUGCCUAUUUUGAUUCUACUAAUUUUUUAGAAACGCAAGUCCGUUCUAAUGGUGAUAUUUACACGAAUAAAUGAAUGUAAUACGCGUACGAUUCCUUCAACUAUGUCAUGAUACACAGGUGCUAAUCACCCACGCACAAUAGCAUUUGAUAUAUUAUAUAAAAAAUUAAGGACAAAAUGUCACAUUCUUGCAUAUCUUUGUACUGCUCUCAAUAGUUUGAGGUUCGAAUUAUUCAUACAAACAUUCACAAUGUGCUAAAUGAAGCCGAGUAUACGCGCACCUUAGUCCAUCUAGAUAUUUAAAGGAGAUCGCGAAGAUCUGAGGGAUUUUCAAGACGUCUUCCAGAGACCUUGUAGAGAUCCUCCGAAAAUCGAGACCCACUAUUCCACUUGAGAUAGACGCAUAGUGGUGUAAUUUCGAAAAUUACAAAACCAUCGAAGUUUUGCACGUAUUGCACGAAAGCCCUACUUUCAGCUCACAAUUUGUAACCGCUAGAAGGAAGACGUUUACUAGUUACGUAGGACACGUCAAACGCGAGUACAAAACUUCUCUCUCUCUCUCUCUCUCUCUUCCGUGUGUAUGUAUGCGGGUGUAUGUACAUAUAUAUAUGUAUAUAUAUAUAAUAUAUACACACACAUGCACACACUAACGUUAUAAUCGUUACAUAUGUUUUAAUACACAAUGUUGCACACGUACUACGCGCAGGAACGUAACGUUAGUUAUAUUAAAUAGUAAAUUACGUUCCCAAUUACAUCUAUUUGGUCAUGUACCUGUAAAAAGAAACCAUAUAAUUGCUAACACCUUAAAUAAAUAUCAGACAUGAGACUAGUUGUUAUCAAGUUAAUACGAGUAUAUCGGAUUUUUUCUUUGUUGAUCGAUUUCAUGAGUAACCUCACAUAAAAAAA